GGACCGGGCUUAAAAGCCAGAGAGUGUUUUACCGCAGUAUCACUAUAUUUCUGCAUAUCUCUCCCGCAUUCUGCGGCAGUCAGGUUAGUUUGGGGGGAGGGAAACCCAUCUGGUAGGUAACGCAGGCAGUCUCACUAGCUCAUCCAUUUUUUUAGUUUUUAUUUCAUAAAAUAAGAGACACUGCAGGAAUAUUUCUUAAUAUUGAUAUUUAUUUGAACAGAGCCGUUUUGACAGUCAUACAUCGGAAUACACACGUAUUUGCUUGAGAGUCGCUUGGUCAUUUAAACCACAGUUUUAACUUUUUUUUUGCGACAGAUUUGAAUCCAUUUGCCUUCUAUGUUGACAUUUUAAACAUCACCCUAGGUCAAAAACAUAUAUAGCUAAUAAGGGAUAGGCUUAUAAAAAUAGUGAAGUAGUGCGGGACAGAGGCAAAACGUAAAUCGAAAAUGGCAAAGGACAGUGAAAAGAAGACUUGCGGCCAGGUGAUGGACGAAUGGAAGGAAUUCUUUUGGAACCCGCGGACCCACGAGUUCCUGGGCAGGACAGCGAGCAGCUGGGGUUUAAUCCUGCUGUUCUAUCUGAUCUUCUACAUCUUCCUGGCUGGCAUGUUUACCCUCACCAUGUAUGUGAUGCUGCUGACCCUGGAUGACUACCAUCCAACCUACCAGGACAGGCUGGCUACUCCAGGCAUGAUGAUUCAACCCAAGGGAAAAUCACUGGAGAUCAUUUACAGUAUCCAGGACACGGAGAGCUGGGACAUGUAUGUCCAGAACCUGAACAGCUUCCUUGACCCCUACAACGAAUCUCUGCAGGUCCUGAGCAACAAAGAGUGCCCCCCGGAUGUGUACUUUACACAGGAGGACAGUGGAGAGAUCCGGAACAACCCGAAGCGUUCCUGCCGGUUCAACCGCACCCAGCUGAAAGACUGUUCGGGCCUCGAGGACCGCUUCUACGGCUACAACGUGGGCAGGCCCUGUGUCCUCAUCAAACUGAACCGGGUCAUCGGAAUGUUCCCUGGAAAAGACAACGCGUCCCCAUAUGUCAGCUGCGCAGUCAAGAAAGAAAACACUGACUUGAUUCGCAAGCUCGACUACUACCCCACAGAUGCCACCUUCAACCUCAUGUACUUUCCCUACUAUGGCAAAAAAGCCCAGGUGAACUACUCGCAACCCUUGGUUGCUGUAAAGUUCCAGAACAUAACCUUCAAUGCUGACGUCAACGUUGAGUGCAAGAUCAACGGCAACUCCUUCGCCAACCCCACAAGCGAGAGAGACAAGUUCGCUGGACGCGUCUCCUUCAAGCUGAGGAUCAACAGUAAAGAAUAAAGCAUCUGCCCUCCCCUUCCCCAGAUCCCUCACAGGCGCGAAUACACACACUAAUGCACAUAUCCAUGACCAUGUACCAGCAUUAGCACCCUGCACUGGUAAGCUGGCACUGUUUAUAUUUUUCUCCCUACUUGCUAAGUUUACUCAUCAUUGUUUGGCAUGAAAUUGUUUAUGCUUCUAGUGUUCUGAGGAUUCAGGGCAGUCAAGGAAGUACUGCAGCACUCCCCUCUCCUCUGCAGACCAUUUCUGUCUUCCAUCACACACAUGUUGCUAAUAGUCACAGAGAGCGCUGGUUGUCACUGCUGUAACCUGGCAGUGACCAGAAACACCUGAUCCCAUCGAGAGCGGAAUCUUCUGGAAUUUUGGCCUUCCUCCUUCCUCUUAAACUACUUUGCAACAGCCCAGCCCUAUAUCAAUUGGCCAUAUUUUUACAAAGUAUAUUGCAUUUAUGAAUCAUAUAUGAGUAUGCAUAAGUUGAUGAAUUGACUUUCCUGAAGAAAGAAAGGGUGCCAGUUCUGAGUAUAUAUUGACAUGUGUUUCUGUGUGUAAUGUUUGGGACAUAGAUAUAAUCUUGUACAGCAGUUUGAUGUAGUCCAUUUAUAUGCAUGAGUGGCUAGGGAAUAUAUUAUAUAUGUAUAUGUAUAUGUGUGUGUGUGUGUGUGUGUGUGUGCGUGUGUGCGUGCGUGUGUGCGUGCGUGUGUGCGUGUUUGUGUACAUAUAUCACUAUAUAUAUGCACAAAGCAUUUCAAUUGAUUUAUUGGCAAAUAAUUGGAUAAACAGGUUUGUUUUGCUUCUUUGUUGCUACCCCCACACUCACCACACUUACUGUUCCAGAUACAAACUACAUUUAUGUGUUACCUGAUACAGGUAGUAUGUAUUUUGUUCAAGGAGAACUGCUUUUCCCAUGUGGUCAAGCAGUUUUUUCACUCCAUUCAUUCAAGUUAUAAAGGACAUCUUAGGGUGAUUUCAUACUGCUGGCUACCACCAUUAACUAAAUUAUUCUAAAUGGGCAUCAAAUCCAAUUCAUGCAUAUCUAACCUAAAACAUGGAGUGGUUUUGUCUUGGGGACACUGGAUUUCCGAGAAGUUAAGUAGGUUUUUAAUCUGUGCUUAAAUCUGAUAAUGCUGAUAGCAAUGAUGCUUUUCUGUCUAUUGGGCCUUUAAUUCCUCAAUGCCUUUCAGCAGGUUUCCACUGGAACAAGGCCCUUCUAAUCCCCAAAAGCCCAUUUUCAAAUUCACCUAGAAAUCGGUUCAAAGAAAGCAAAACUUCCUGAGCUUGCAUAUUCAUGCAUGCACAAUACAGCAUAUGCACACAUGCACAUGCACUCACACUUACGACCAAACACACACAUACUUAAAUUCAUUCAUAUAUGAAGGUCCUAAGAUCUCAUGGUACAGGUCUGUUUAUAUGUAUGUGCACUGCAUCAGGUUGUCAUGUGUCAUGUAUGUAAUACCAGUAGAUGUCAUUGUAAUGUUUUGUAUUGAUUUGCACUGAACUUGCACUUAAUACUUUAUGCUUUAUAUGCAAUCAAUACUUAUUUCCCUUAUUCAUAUGUCUGUUCAUUUAUUCAAUCCCCCACAUCCCCUUCCUGAACAGAUGUCUUAUUCCCAUAUUAAUUUCAUGCGUUAAGCUCCUCCCUGGACCUUUGUUUUGAGAAUAUGUCCUAGUUUAUCCGAAUUUCCAUAGUUAUACGACGCUGUACCCCUGUCUAAGAGACAUAUCUACCACCUGUAGCCAUUCCUACAUUCAUGGCACAUAUGGACAUCUGUAGUGACUAGGUGGUGUGUCUACCAUGGUGUCUUUGUUAUGUGUUAAAAGGAAGAAACCAACCAAUAACACUUUCUCUGUGCCACAGUGUAACAAUGGCUAAUGUAAUAAAAACUUUGUGCUCUUUAAUGUAAUAACUGCCUGUUAGUGUAAUAAGAAUCUUGAAUGCUUUGCCGGAUAAUGUAAUAGCUUAGUACAUUAACCUUGGAUUCAAAUAUGUUUUGAUAUACCUCAGAUCAUACUUUAGUCAUUUCCUACUACAGAAAAAAUUCAUAUGUCAUUUCUUACAAUUUCUACAAUUCAUUCAACUGUAUAAUUCUCAUGUUUGUAAACAGUAUGAUAUGUAUGAUAUGAUAGGUAGGAUACUGCACGUUUACUUAAAUGCAUAUUUUACACCUCAAGUAUUUAUCCCUGGUCUGAUGUUAAUGUGUCUAUGAGGGUUCAUGUCGUAGUGUUUCUAUAUCUGUAUGAGCCUUCUAGCGCAAUCCUUUUUAAGUAAGUAGCAAAGUGUGACAAUUGAUAUGACAGAAGACAGAAAUUUUGGAAUGUUAUUACAUUAACAGUUGAAGUAUUACAUUAUUCAUCAAAAAAGUUGCAACCCCCGGUUAAUGUAAUAACCCCCGCUUAAUGUAAUAAGUUAUUACAUGAACUGGCAAUUACUACAUUAAAGAGUACAAUGUUAUUGCAUUAACCGUUUUCGUUACAUUAACUAUUGUUACGCACAGCCACACUGAAACAUAGCUACUCGCUAGUAUUCGCUACUGCACACCCUAGGUCUCAUGAUUGUAAUGCGCAAAGAAGUAAUGUCGAUCUGACAGCAGUGUACAGCACGUCACGCUAUGCUAGUGUCUGCUUGAUUUCCAUACUCAGGUGUGCAUUCGAGCUGUUGCACAUUGUCUAGCUUAUAUUUCUCACCUCCUUCUGUAUGAUGACUGGCACUCCACCAGUAACAGGGGCUUGGCCGCCUUCUUCCACACCUCCACAAUAUGAUAUACAAAUAUUCAUUUUAGUCAAGGUAGAGACAAUGGUUGAAGAGUUGUAUAGCAAUUCAUUUAUUUAUAAUCUGUUAAUGUCUCCUAAUCAAUCUACCCUUCUAGUGGCUUCUUGUAGUCUCUCUUUUUAGCUCUAUGAAAGUCUUUUUCAUCUCAUUUCUAAUUUUUUUCAGUAUUUCUCUUAUCUCAUUCUCUCUAUCUCAUUCUCUUGCUUCAUCUAAUUUUCUCUGUCUCCCUCUCUCUCAAACAACUUAUACAGAAAGGCUCCAUAAAAAAAUAUGUCCUCCGGCACUGUCCUCUGCUUUCUGUACUUCUCCUUUCAUCCUUUAUCUGUAUCUGCUUAUUUUAUAUCUUCAGUCACCCAUGCCCUUGCCUUGCUCCUGUCCCACACAUGCAAGAUCUUUAGGACUUACAAUAGCAUAAACACCAUCGAGUAGCUUCAUACGACUCCAGAUAUAGCCAGUAUAUUUUAGUGAGUUAUGGCUGUUGUAUAUAUCAGUGUUGAUUUGUGUGCAUGUUGGGGUGACACUUAACUGUAUACAGAACAUUUCCCUCAACCAAAGACCCUUCGCAUGCCGCAUCACCUUUACUUACCCCAUCUGUCCAAUGAUUUUGAGCUGGGACCAUGGAUCACACCAGGAAGUGUUCUGGCUGGAUGAUCUUUUUUGUGGCAGUUUUCCAUAACUCCUCUAUCUGGUUUCUGGAAGGCCAAUUUAAAUGGUUGUAUUUAUUUAUUUAUUUAUUUAUUUAUUUAUUUAUUUAUUUAUUUAUUUAUUUAUGUGAAUUUAUUUUUUAAACUACUUGCUGAAUUUUAUUUUGUGCUUAUUUUGCUGGCUUUUUGCAAUGAAUCCUUCUUUAUUUGAAGUCCAAUUUUUUUUUUUUUUUUUUACAAGAAAUGUAUCAUUUUCUGCCCAGAACGCUUAAGCUGCAUUAGCAUUUAUCAUCCCCCUAAAAAUUAUAUUUCCUUUUGUCUAGUUUGGUAUUUAAAAACAGCUAAAACUCUUCAAGUACCAGACUGUUACCCCUGAAAAAUGUAAAAAGGAAAUUUGAUGACUUGACAGAAUGUCACACAGUUUGAUUCUUCUUUUUGUUUUACAAUAAUUUCUGUGCGCAGAUAUGGAGACACAAAAAAAAAGUUAGAGCAGUAUCCUUUAUUCAUGUAGAGUGGGUCUGUGAAGUAAGUGUAUGUUACAAACACAUAAAAAGCCUGUGCAAGUUUUGGCUGGUGGGUAAAUUUAAUCCCAACCUAAACCCCCAUCCCCCUCAGCGAACGCUCAUAAACACAAAUGGGACGUUCAUGUCUUCAUUAUCAUCAUAGCACUGAUCGGUGUUGCAGUAUGCGACAGGCCUGUUUGAAGAAAUAUCCCUUUACUGCCAUUCUGCUAGCUGUACCCAAUCCAAAAUAAUAUUAUUUCCCUCCUUGAGUUGCACAGGACAUGAUGAACCAGGGCAUAAAAGUAUCACUAGCUGUUCAUAACCUGAAAUCUUUCAGUAUCCUUCUGUAGGAUUUAUACUGUCAUAAUCUGCUAAGAAUAUAUGAGUAAUUUCUGAUUUGUUCAUUUAAUUUUGUUUUCAUUUUGACCUGGAGAUGUCUUCUUAAAGCAAUAUUUAUAUAUAUAUAUAUAUAUACCUUGUGUGGCUGUACAUAUAUAUUUUCUCCUUGGGUUGGCUAUUUCAAAGAUGGUGUAAAAGGAACUACUGAGUGAGAGAAAAAGAAUGGGUAUGUGUAAAAAUCUAUAUAUAAAAAGAUUGGAAUUCUGCCAACGCAUAGUAUAAAGAUUAAAAACAAGGAUGACUGGAUUAAAUCGUUUUUCAGACAAAGAGAUUUAGCAUUUUUACUCUUAUUUUAUUUUUAAGAGAAUAUAAUACAAUAGCUAUGGAUUGUAGUAGUUACUAUAGAUAGGUGAGCUGAUAGCUAUGUGUCAGCCAGUUAUGUCUAACUGAUGAUGCAUCAAAAUACUUGAAGGGUGAACAUCUAUCAAGUACAUGUGAAUGAUGCAGAUGUUUUCGGUUUUGUCCUUUUGUUUUUCUUCUUGCUUUUACCUUUCUUGUUGUUUUUUCACUAUUUUACAAUCAUGCUGUGCUUGUUGUGUUGUAAUGCUUUUGUUACUUUUUUGUUACCAUUCUGUUGAGUGCCCAGCAUUUCCCAGGUCACAGUACAUUUAUGCAGUGUUUGUUCAAAUAAAAAUAAAAAAACAGCUUCUCAUUACAAUAUUCAUUAUGUCUUAUGCAUCUAUGUAUAUUGUUUCCUGAAAAAUAAUGUUUACAAUGUGUAGAACAAUCCUUACAAUUCAAACAAAAAUGUUUUUGAACAUACAGAAACUUAAAAUUGUUCAGCCAAGCCUUUACAAUCCACUGGACAGUUUAAAAUUGGAAGAAAACUGCACAGGUCAUAUGUCCUUGAUUUGAAGAAUAAUUCUAAAGGUAGAAAGGAUUUUAUUUUUUUAAAGGUCAUUGGAAAUGUGUUUGGCGAACAAGUUCUUAAUCUCUUCCUGUAUAGCUGGCUGUUAUUUGUUUGUUAUUUUUGACAGCUAUUUUUAUUUUAUUUUUAUUUAUUUUUUGCAGUCAUUGUAUUUUUCUUUUUGUUCAUUUUCAUUGUAAAGAUACUAGAGAAACCAAUAAAAAUGACAAUUAAAGAAAAAAUUGUCCAUCUAGUGAACCAU